AUGAAUCGUUUGUUAGAGCGGCGAGGUUUUGCAUCAAACUGGAUAAAACUGCAAGUGAGACCCAUGACAUGGUCAAGACUGGGAAAGAUGCCAUGGGGUCGAUCAAGUGUUUUUGAGUGUCACAAAUUCAUUCAGGAGGAAAGAGACCAUAGAACAGAGCAGAAGGGAGACAACAUAUCUAUGGCAUCAGUUGGCAAAAAGCUGUAUGAGACCCCAAGAGAGACAUUGUAUUAUCCUUCUCCUUAUGCGACGACUAGGAUAUCUAUGUAUUCGGCGGACAGCGAAUCUUCCUCCGGACAGACUAACAGUCUGCAAAGACCUACAGGAAUACAGAGACCAGAGCAUACUUAUGAUGUGCCUUUCCCUCAGAAACAGUUUCGGGGGACCUCGAGUUACAGUGCAGCGACACAUGAUUAUCAACAGUUAUUUACAGAUUCUGGAAUACAUCAUUUCGUUGAAUCACUCGACGUCGAUCAGCGCCAUCUAGUGGUGCAGAGAUUGUGCCUGCAAUCCCGCGAGUCCAAGCAAGGUCAUGAGCGUUCUCCCUCCCUCUUUCAACAAAAUCAUCAUCAUCAUCAUCAUCAACAACAAUCACCCAUUCUUCAACAUCAACAAAUCUACAGGCUGAACAGGCACUCCGAGCCCAAUUCGAGAUUUGCGCACGAUUACCUCUCAGAUGGAAAUUCCGAUGACGAAGGCAGUUCUAGUGGAGAGAAACAUUGUUUCCAAGGUGGCAACACGACAGAUAGUCACGAAAUGUCCGAAGCAGAGUGUGAUCGUGAUUACCACCAACAUAUGAGGAAAG